UUUGAUUAGUUUUCGUAUUGAGUGCUUGCCGUGCGGAUCGUGUUGAAUUUUAUCGAAAGUGUGCGUUUUUAAUUCUAGGAACGCCUUUUUAACACCUUUUUCUCUAGUUCUAAUUAUAAAUAUUUUCAAAAUGCAAGCAACGUCGGUGUUGUUGGUAGCAGUAUGUUUGUUCGCAUCAGUCUAUUCAGCAUUAGGUAUGGGAACGCACUAUAAUCGUGAUGGCCAAGUCUGUCAUUUGUGCAAUGAAGAACAAGUAGUACCAUACAAAGAAACAUACACUCAAGAUGAGGUUGGAAAACGAGUGGUAGGCAGUCCUUAUGCUACAGGCAAUCAGGUUUAUUCUACAGGCAAUCAACGAGUGGUUUAUCGGACUGACGAACGAAUCAUUUCACGACCAUCAAGCUCAAACUCAUAUGUAGUUAAUAGAGCCGACUCCUAUUCAAAUCGCUAUCAAAGACAAGGGUGUUUUAACAAUCCCUGCGGAAUAAAUGCAAACUGUCACGAGGCAUUAGGCCGACCUGUCUGCAGUUGUCCAAUUGGCUACAGCGGAAAUCCAUUGGUUUCAUGUAGAAGAUCUGAAUGUCUAGAUCAUACCGAAUGCCCUGGCCAUCAGUCGUGCAGAAAUGGAAAUUGUAUUGAUCCAUGCUCUGGCACUUGUGGCGUAAAUGCUGAAUGUAGUGUGCGCAAUCAUGUUCCUGUUUGCAGCUGCCCAAAUAAAUACCGAGGCGAUCCUUUCACAUAUUGUACCCGUGCGGAUCCAGAGGAAUCAUGCCAUACCGGAGGACGGUGGGGACCAUGCGGUGAAAAUACAAAAUGUGAAGUCAUCAACGGUGUACCUACCUGCAGUUGUUUGCGCGGCUAUGUUGGCCAACCGUUGAGUGGAUGUCGUCAUGAAUGCGAAUCAGAUUAUGAAUGCGGUGGACAAGAGUUCUGCAAAGAUUUCAAAUGUCAACAAGCAUGCUCAGAAUGUGGUAUUGGAGCCCAAUGUGUCAGAGUUGCAAACCAUCGAGCCAUUUGUGAAUGUCCAAAGAAUUACUUUGGCGAUGCAUACAACGGUGAAUGUCGUGCCGAAUGUUAUGGAGAUCGUGAUUGUCCAUCGGGUAGACCAGCUUGUAUUUAUGGCGUAUGCAAAAACCCAUGCGAUGGUGCUUGUGGUAGAAAUGCUGACUGUAAUUUGAGAGGAUUAACUCCUAUUUGCUCAUGUCCACGCGAAAUGACUGGUGAUCCAUUUGUGAGCUGCCGACCUUUCACUCCACAGGAUUUGUGCUCACCACACAACCCAUGCGGAACUAACGCAAAAUGCACACCAGGUCACGACAAUACUGGCCGUGAGCGUCCAGUUUGUACUUGUUUGCCAGGAUAUACCGGAAAUCCAUUGACACAUUGUGUGCGCGGAGAGUGCCAAAGUGAUGUCGAAUGCUCAGACAGUCGGGCCUGUAUUAACUAUUCAUGCGUGGACCCCUGCCUUGGUCAGUGCGGAAGCAACGCAAUUUGCGAAGCGAAGCGACAUUUGGCCGUUUGUAAAUGUCCCCAAGGAUUUACUGGCGAUGCCUUAGUGUCCUGUCGUCAAUCGCGUUCUUAUCCAGUCGCUAGAUAUUAUAAGAAAAAAUAAGUUAAUUCGAAUCAACACCAAUCGGUUAAAAUAGACUUGCCACACACUGAACAAAAAAAAAAUACUUUUUCACUAUCUAAAAAUUCAAUAACUCAUACGAUUUUCUAUGUGUUCAAAGUCGUCGAAUAAAAUACACAAAUAACACGAAGUAGAGAAGAAGGAAAACGCGAUAUUAGAUGCAAAACCGUUCAAACAUUUUUCGUAAUAAGCUGCUCAUCAAUUGUUUGUUUCGUUUUCAUUUUAAUUGAUUUUGAGUACUGUAUUAAUAUAUUUUUUAUUCUGA